GUUGUUGAGAAUGUGGUAUCAAAUUGCCCUAGGAAUGGAAUAUCUCUCUCAGCAAAGAUUCAUUCAUCGAGACUUGGCAGCACGGAACUGCAUGUUGGACUCUAGUGGUGAUGUCAGAGUUGGUGACUUUGGACUGGCCGAGGAUGUCUACAGCACCGGAUAUUUUAGACAGAAUGAACUAGCUGAUAUCAAGCUGCCCUACAAGUGGAUGGCAUUGGAAAGUCUAAACGAUGCCAUCUUCACUGAGAAAACAGAUGUGUGGUCAUACGGAGUGACUAUGUGGGAGGUCUUCAGUGGUGGUCAGAUUCCCUAUCCUGGAGUAGACGUCAGAACUCUUGUCAAGUUCCUACAGAGAGGAAGCCGAUUGGACGCUCCCGUUAACACUGCCUGUACUACAGAAAUCUCAGCAGUGAUGCAGAGAUGCUGGCUGGAGGAUUCUAAAGAGAGACCAUCCUUCACUGACCUGUCUUCCAUAAUGGACGCCAUGCUCUCCUCUGUGUCUGACUAUGAACUGAACAUGAAGCUCCCUCAUAAUAGCCAAGACCCCCCCAUAGGCACGGAUGCUAACAGUGUGUCAGCAGGCACGGAUGCUAACAGUGUGUCAGCAGGCACGGAUGCUAACAGUGUGUCAGCAGGCACGGAUGCUAACAGUGUGUCAGCAGGCACGGAUACUAACAGUGUGUCAGCAGGCACGGAUGCUAACAGUGUGUCGAGCGUUCAUGCACGUCCGAUACUGAGUACUGUCUACAUAGCAGUUUGUAUUUCCAUGUUGAAAGUAUUUUGA